UCGUCAUAGCCCCAUUGCCCAUUCAUCAGCGGACUUGGGCGUUGUACUCCGCAUCUCAUUUGCGGCGGGGCCAAUUUCUCCAUUAAGGAACUCCGUUCGGGGAAAAAAAUCGAAAGAAUUCGCGUCUUUCGCACCUUAGCUACUUUUUCCUUGUGCAAGCGCUCGCACGUCCCUUUGUGGUCAUCGUGAUUCCGUGCUGAUUCCUCGGUUGCAGAAGGGGGAGUCGGCGUUUGACUUGAUUUUUCUGGGGAGGAAGCUUGCGGUCUUUGUUCAUUCAUUUGAUCGGUUGGGUCCCUUUGUUGGAACAAAAGCAUGGGAGCACAAAUCUCCAAAACCGCUGGAAAAGAGGAAGCCGCCGUGGAACAGCCAGCAGAAGGUGCAGCCGUUGCAGCAAAAACGAACGGACAGGAAAAUGGCCAUGCCAAGACCAACGGGGAUACCUCUCCUGCUACAGAGGAAGUCAACAAAGCCGAAGUGCAGGCCAAUGGAAGCACUCCUACUGAGGAGGCACCAAAAGAAGAAGGUGAAAAGGUAGAGGGUGCCGAAGCCAAUGGAGAGAAGGAGCCUGCCGCCACAAAUGGAGAAGCUUCUGCCAAACCUGAGGAAGGCACUCCGUCUACUAGCGAGGAUGGCAAGCAGAAGAAAAAGCGUUUCUCUUUCAAGAAACCGUCCUUCAAGCUCAGUGGCUUCUCUUUCAAGAAGACCAAGAAAGAGUCCGAAGAGGCGACAGAGGACGGUGCGGGAGCAGCAGCAGAACCAGCCGAAGGGGAGAAGGCGACAUCUGAGGCACCUACUGAAGAGGCCAAGCCAGAUGAGGCCGGCGAGGAAGCCAAGGAAGCUGCAGCUGAGGAGCCAAAGGCCGAGGAGGGGAAGGCAGAGGAAACCGCAGGAGAGGAAAAGCCAGCUGAAGCUUCACCUACUGAGCCAGAAACGGCAGCCAGUCCAGAAGCCGCUGCUGCCGCCGAGUAAUCCUGCUGAACCAGACAACAGAAUGAAGGAGACAAUGUAGCCCAUCUGAAGGAAUGCGAGGACUUUGUCUAAAACCAGGGAUUUUUUUUUUGUUUUUGUUUUUUUUGCUUUAGUGUUUGUUUACUACUCUGCAACCAUCUCAUCCAUAACUGCAAUGUCCCUGGCAGUGAUGGACAGGAGGUGUAAUGGAGAGUGUGCUGCUUCCUCACUGCUUAUUGGUGCUUGCAUUUGUGAUAUGGGUGAGUGUGAGAGUGCAAAUGUGAGUGGGAAUUUUUACUUUUUUUUUUUUUCCCCCCCUAUUUUUUUUUUUCUACAUGAAACCGUGACUGUCAACACGUUGCUGAAUUUGACACAUAUUUAAUCAAAAGUGUUUGGUGCUGGGCAAUUGGAUGUAGCAGCUAAAGCUGUGUCUGCAAGAUCUGACACAUUGUGGUAUUUAAAGGGAAAGUCCAAGUCUUAAAUGUUGUCAUUGCAGUGCACAGUUGUUUACAACUCUUGAAGCUCAACGCUCCUGUGAACACAAACCG